GGAGCAAUGGCGCCAGCAGCUCUCGAGCCUCGCAGACGGAACGAGGUUAUUAUAACCAGGGAAGAGGCCAUGAAGCGGCGAGUACGCAAGGGAUACGCGUUGGAGCCUGUAGGUCCGGCACCCGACGUAAACAGCAAAGGUUUUGAGAAGCUAGAUAGUUUAGAUAGUCGAAGGAGAAAGUCCACAGGAAGCGUUAGCGUUAUCAAGGCUUCAGCAAAUGCACCGCCUGUCGCCGAUUUCCCAGCAGUUCCCGUUGCCGCUCAGCCCAGCUUCUCAGAAGAAUCACUGAAACGGAAGGUUCCAGUUUACAACGGCGGAGGUCACGCGGUUGAUCAUGCCAGGGCAGGGGAUAGGAGAGGCAGCAGAGAGAGCAGUAGAGACGGAGGCACAGGCACCGGUUUGGCUGGGUGGACAGGUGGGGAAAGGAGAGGCUUGCGGAGAAAGUUCCUAGAUGAGCUGGAGCAGCUGCAGGGGUUAAGUGAGAAAGUGGAAGCCAGGGAGGGAGCAUUACGGCGCGAGGAGUUGUCAGGGAAGGGUGCGGAGAGCCGGAAGCGGAUGAGACGUUCCGAGAACGGUACGAUUGCAUCUCACACGGUGGAAUCCGGGUCGAUGGACGCUUCGCCUGUCGCUGUAGCCGCUCCGCUCGUUCCUGCGCCCCCAGUGCGAAUACAGGGUUCAGAGACGGAGUUUUCAGGCAAGGGGUGGAUCGCACCGUUAGGCGCUGAUUCGUUUCAUGCUAAGGAGAAGGCCUUGGUUCCCGAGAGAGGCAAGGGGAAGAAUGUCCCUGCAAACACGCCGGAACUCGAUCUGAAACGACAGAAAAUCGAAGCUGCUAGAGCGAGGCGAUUGAACGACAUUAGUAAGCAGUAUGCGACGCUGCUGAAACGACUGAUGUCGCAUAAAUACGGAUGGGUGUUCAAAGAGCCCGUCGAUGCGGUGAAGCUCGGUUUACACGAUUACCACACGGUGAUCAAGAAUCCGAUGGACCUGGGUACGAUUACCGCGAAAAUCAAGUCGUCGGGUUACCUUCAUCCAGACGAACUGUACAGCGACGUGCAGCUGGUUUGGUCGAACGCUAUGCGGUAUAACGGGGAAGGCAGUGACGUGUAUAUCAUGACGUUGGAACUGAAGGGCCUGUUCGAGCAAGGGUACAGGAAGAUCCGACUCAAGGUGGAGGAAGAUGCCGCGAAACGCAGGCAGGAAGACGAGGAGCUGAUGGUUGUAGAGGACGUUAAGGGAGCUAAGGCAACUAGGGAGACCAGCGACGGCCGUGAGAAGCCGGAGGUUCAAGAGUUGGAGAAGCGGCUGCAGAAGCUAGAGUCGCAGAUGCAGGCCGGUGGGAAGGUGACGAGCCAAGGAGUAACGCAGGUUCAGGCGAAGGGGAAGGUUCCCCUGAGGGACAUGACGUUUGCGGAGAAGCAGAAGCUGAGUGUUAACCUGGGGAAGCUUCCACCGGAGAAUCUGGAUCGGAUUGUGCAGAUCAUAUCCGAGCGCAAUCCUGAUUUGAGUCAGAACGCGGACGAGAUCGAGCUUGACAUUGACUCGCUGGACAGUGAGACGCUGUGGGAGCUGGAGAGAUACGUGGCCAACUGCAUGAAGAGCAAGAGCAAGCGGAAGCGGGCUCUGCUGCAGCAGAAGCAAUCGGUGCCUUUGUCCAAGGUUCCUGACGCUCUUCCUGCUUCACAGCAGGAGCUCAAAGAAGGCGAGGACAGUGUUGACAUUGUGGAGGAAGGUUCCGGUCUUGUUCAUGGGGCUGCUGCUGUCACUUCUGCUGCAGACUCGGCAGCAGCCAAGCUGCCUGCUGGGAAUGGAGUAGGAGGGAAGGCCAAUCCAGGCACCUCAGGAUCAUCCAGUUCGAGCGAUGAUAGCUCGUCCAGUGAUAGUGACUCAGACAGCGGCACAUCCUCCAGCGAGUCUGAUCAGGAAGAUCGGCGCUCCAAGGGAACUCCUUCUGAGCCUGCCCGUGGGAAGCAGAAUCAGAGCAAGGAUAGUGCAAAGGCCAGUGAUAUAUGCUCCUCGCCUAAUGCUGGGGGUGACAGUGUUGCUGCAAGUGAAGGGGUGAAGAUGGAGGUUGAUGUGAAGCAAGAUGAAAAGCCAAAGGAGGUGAAGCCAUCUUUCAAAGGUGAUGAUGAGGCGGCUGUAAAAGCAGCCCUUCUUCGGGGGAAGUACGCUGACAUAAUUUUGAACGCCCAGAAGAAAGCAACGGAGACUCAAAGUGUGGAUCAGAAGCAGCUUGAAGAAAUCGAGAGAAAGCACAGAGAAGAGCGAGCUCGUUUGGAAGCUGAAGCCAGGGCAGCACAGGAGACUCGCAGGCGGAAAGAAGCAGAGGUGGCUAUUGAAGCCCGGAAAAAGCUGGAGGAGCAAAGGGAAGCAAUGCGUCGUGCUCUGCAAGGG